AUGAUCAAAUUGGGGCACAUGCUUGCAUAAGAAUAAGCUAAAUUAAAAUCAGAGUUAAAGGCUGCCUAGAAACAAAGGACAACUAGAAAUACAACAUCAUCUACAUUGUAAUAAGCACACUAACAAUAAGUUAUCCCAAUAUAUCCAAAACGUCCACAUUGUUAUAUAAGUCAUAAGUGAAUCCAUCCAAUAAUACAGAAUUCAUUAGUUAGAAUUGCUCCCCUAUUAAUUCACCAAAAUUACUUACUAAUUUUUCAGAUCCAGAUCCUUCAUUUAGUUUUAAUAAAUAUAUUCAUCCAUCUUAUAGAAAUAAACUUGAAACUAUAUAGAUGCCUCCUAAUAAACCUCCUUUAAAAAGAGCCAAUAAAAUUACUAAUUUAAGAAACUUAAAUAAUAAUAAUAUUGCUUAAUCAAAUCCUCUUAAAGGUGAUGAAUCAAAAGAAAAAUUAUUAUAAUAAACUCACUUUUUAUGUGCCAUCAUGUAAUAAUCUCAUAGUGCAACUGGUAAAUUAGUGGCAAACUUUUUAAAUGGAUAAUUAGAAAAAAAUAGUUAUGAAUCAAUUAUAUAAAUGGAAAAAUCUGCAUAAGCUCUUUAAUAGUCUGCUAAAGAAAUGUCAAAAGCAUUAUUCAUUUCAGAUGAUGAAGGUGAAUUUGAAAAUCUUUAAAAUAAAUUUAUAGAUUAAAUAAGGUUUUCUAAAUAUAGAAAACCUAAUUAAGAGAAAAAUAUUAUAUUCAAAAGAAAUUAUGGUUAAAAACAUGAAAUGAUGAUUGAUUAAGUUGCAUCUUAAACUUAAAAAACAGAGGAGAAUUAAGAUUUUGAUGUUUUUAUUCCAAAAUCAUAAAUGGACUAAUUUUUUUAGUAAUAAUUAAAAAAUAAAUUAGAAUAAUUUAAGAUAAAAUAGAUGGUAGAAUGAAAGAAUAAACUGAAUAAUUAAUAAAAGAUGAAUAAAAAUUAAUUAAUGGAAUGAUUGCAAAUGUAAAAAAAUUUAGAGAAGAUAUAAGAGAAGUUAAAUAUACAAUGAGUCAUGUAAGAAAAAAUAAAAAGGCUUUAUAACCAUCGCAAUAAUAAUUAUCAGGUUAUCGAACAUUGAAAACAUUAAGAACUCUAAAAUCUUAAUCAUCUAGAUUACCUAGUCCAAAGACCUAAAGAUUAGAUGAAGAAGCAAAAGCAGAUUUAAGAUUAAGAGUUAUGAAAGCACUUAGAAAUUUUAUGGAUAAAUUAAAAAGAUUUAAUAUCACUUUAAAUGAUGUUGUCAAUAAUUAAGUUUUUCCAUCAUAAGCAUAUGAAAGACCUAAUAGUGUAGAAUUUUUUAGAUAAGUAAAAGCAGAUAAUAUAAGAGAAAUUGAAAGUAUGUUAAGAGAUUGUCGUUAUCAUGUUUAUGAUAGAGAUAAUUAAUAAAAAACACCAUUACAUCAUGCAGUUAGUAAUAAUUCUAUUGAAACAAUAAAAUUAUUAGUAGAAAAUGGUGCUGAUUUAGAUGCUAGAGAUAUGAGUAUAAAUUAUAAUAUUAUUAGUGGGUCGAACACCUUUGCAUUUGGCAUCUAAAAAUAAUAAUUGUGAUACUGUUAGAGUUUUAUUAGUCUAUUAGGCUAAUCCUUCUAUUAAAACUGUUGCAGGAAAAACAGCCUAAGAUUUAACAGAAAUGCCAGUUAUUAAAGCUUUAGUAAAAAAUGCAAAAAAAGUAAUAUUUCCUUUAAUUUUUUAAAGCUUCAUUUUAUGAUGAAUUUGUAGCCUUCAAAAAAAAAAAAAGAUUUCUGGGUUGAGAAAGCAAUAGUUUACUUUUAAGAAGAUGACCCAGAAAAAAUUUUAAAGUUGUAGCUUUAUAAGAAUUAAGCAAAAUUAUUUUUAUCAUGA